CGUAAGAAGAUAUCAACAAUGCCUCGCUACGAUGAUAAGUAUGGCAAUACCCGCCUCUAUGUUGGUCGCUUGUCUUCACGAACUCGUUCCCGCGAUCUGGAGCGGGUCUUCAGCAGAUAUGGGAGGUUUCUUGGGUUUUGGCAAAACCCGGAGGUCUGUGGUGGGAGGGUGGCCUUGGUGGAAUUGGUGAAAAUUCCUGCCUGAGUGUUGACUUUGGCGAUUCUUUCUGUAAUGUUAUUGCGUGUUUUUAUGGAAUUGGCAACAAUCACAAACUGGUGUUUAGUUCGUCUUUGAGGGGCGAAGUAUCAUACAGUUCCAGUAGUUAAGUAAUGAUGGCCUUACUGUUUAUGGAAACCAUUUCCGCAGAGUCCGAGAUGUUGAUAUGAAGCACGAUUACGCCUUUGUUGUAAGUUAUCAUCCUUUCCCUGUCUACUUUUCAUUUUGAUUUCUGCUCAUUGCUUUGCUCAAAGGCGGCUUCUAGUAACUACUUGGAGGAGUUCAAUUAUAGAUUAUGGUAAGAUUUUUGUGUUACUUUUGUGGCGUGUACCUUACAUAUUUUGAGCAGGAAUUUAGCGAUCCCCGUGAUGCUGAUGAUGCAAGAUACAAUUUGGAUGGUCGCGACGUCGAUGGAAGUCGUCUUAUCGUGGAAUUUGCUAAAGGGGUUCCUCGGGGUUCCCGAGAUUCUCGCGAUUCUCGUGAAUAUUUGGGUCGUGGUCCACCUCCUGGAUCGGGACGCUGCUUUAACUGUGGCAUUGAUGGCCACUGGGCUCGAGAUUGCAAAGCUGGGGAUUGGAAGAACAAGUGUUACCGCUGUGGGGAGAGAGGUCAUAUAGAAAAGAACUGCAAGAACAGUCCCAAAAAGUUGAGCAGCAGACAUGCACGUAGUGUUUCACGUUCACCAGGCAGGUCACGUUCUCCUAGGCGUGGCAGAAGCAGGGAUCGAAGCUACAGCCCAGCCCGCAGCUAUAGCCGAUCAAGAUCCCCGGUCAGAAGAGACCGAAGCCCAAUUCCUGAAGAUAGAUCACGGAGUCCUCAGCCCUCCAAGUCAAGGAAGUAUAGUCGAUCUCCUGAAGGCAGUCCUCAAAAGAGCACAUCUCCUGGUAAUGAUAGGGUUGUCGCAACCCAAGAUGGGUCUGAUUAUAGCGAUGGUCCUAGAGUGAAGAGUAGGAGCCCCUCAAGGGACAACGAUGAUAGCCCUAAGGCUAAUGGCCGCAGCCGCAGCCGUAGCCGUAGCCGCAGCCGCAGCCCCAGGGAUGAUAGGAGCCCCAUAGAGGAAGAUGAUGACAACCGCCGUCACUCACCAUCACCUUAAGAAGUAUUUUUCUUAUAAAUCACUCAGGACGUGGCCAGGAUAUUUAUAUGCUUUGUUUUUUAAAUGCACAAUAUCUUAAUUACUGCACAAUUAUUUUAAAAAACUGGGAAUUGAUGCUUAUGGUUAUGAACAACGGUUUUGUUGUAUGUUUAUUUUUAAUUUUAAACCUCUGAUGGUUGCUACAUUUGUUAUUUCUCCUAGAAUAUAUGUGACCAUUGUUUCUA